AUGAUUGGUGCGAGAAGGAAUUUGAUCAUUAUGAGGGGCAUUGCACCCGGGCUGGACGGGCUCCAUGUAAAAGCUGCUAUUAUGAUUUGGAUUGUGUUUGCGAACCUUAUUAUUGUUUAUACGUUAAAACUGGUGCCAAAACAGCUGAAUGGUGUCAACGUUACGAAGUAUUUUGCAAUGCUACGGCUCUGCGUGGAACUAUGGGGAUUAGCACACGCCAUAUGUAACCCAUUCACCAGAAAUUUUCAAUGGGAACGAUGUCAAAAGUUCUUAUUCGAUUGUGAGCUAAUUUCCGAUUUUCCUGAUGACAAACAAGUGGAUACCGGCAUUGUCGUUGCAACAGAUGAAGUUCUGACCAAGGCACAGCUUAACCAGCAAGUAAAUGAAGCUGCUCUUUUGGCAGAAGGAAAAUUGUCGAUGCCGACCGAAAAAAUGACGUUUGAUGCGGAGAGGAAAAAGAUAGCACAACAGAACCGAGCCCCAGAAACACAGAGCAUCCCUGUACCAUCUACACUUCCUAUGGAGGAUCAUGCCGAACAAGUUCCAGAAUUCUUCGUCGGUCAAGUAAAGAAGCAGGGUAAUCGGAUCGUACUCGAUCGAGUGAAAAUCGAGCCUGGAGAAGUUAUUGGUGGUGGACGAGCUGGUACUACAAUAGGUCCAACUAGCUUUGUCGAGCAACAACAGCAGCAACAUAUUGCAGUUCCUGACUCCGGGUUUCGACCUGAUGAGCUUCUAAAAUUGGCUACUGACGUCGGGACAGGCAAGCUGAAGCCGUUCAAACGAGAUACCGACGACCCGCCAGAGAUUGCAUCGGAAGAAUGGUCAUCAAAGUUUAUGCCU